CACUUCUCCGGUCCUGUAUGCCGGGUGUAAUUCUCAGUAUCUGUCCUCAUUCUGUAUGCAUAGACUCUGCAUAGUACCACUUCUCCUUUCCCGGAUGCCGGGUGUAAUUCUCAGUAUCUGUCCUUAUUCUGUAUGCAUAGACUCUGCACAGUCCCACUUCUCCUGUCCCGGAUGCCGGACUCUGCACAGUCCCACUUCUCUGUCCUGUAUGCUGGGUGUAAUUCUCGGUAUCUGUCCUCAUUCUGUAUGUAUGGACUCUGCACAGUCCCACUUCUCCUGUCCUGUAUGCCGGGUGUAAUUCUUGGUAUCUGCCCUCAUUUUGUAUGUAUGGACUCUGCACAGUCCCACUUUUGUUGUCCUUGUUG